AUAUGUCUUUGUUUUCAUUUUCAUUUCAGGGCCAGACAAGAAGUUGAAACAUGAGCACCUUGGAAAGCUCCUAUCAUCUGGGAGGGGAUGUUCGACCCCAAUCUUUACGACCAAAAGCACAUCCAAAACCAGUCAUCUGUUGCCCUCACCGUGUUUGCUGUGUGAAGGUAUCUGGAUGCCUACCUCAAGACUUUCCUGACCUCUGCAGAAAAACAUUUUAUGUUGGGACUACAUGUGACCUAUUACGUGUUCACGGAUCUGCUAGAGAAGGUACCAAACAUCGGGCUCGCUCCUAAUCGAAGCCUGAAGGUUAUUCCGGUGGAAAAGCACUCCAGGUGGCAGGACAUCUCCAUGAUGCGGAUGAAAACGAUAUCAGAUGCCAUAGAAUCAGAGAUUCGUCACCACUGCAAUUACGUCUUCUGCUUGGAUGUGGAUCAGGAGUUUAAGGGAAGAUUUGGCUCAGAGGCUCUGGGGGAAUCUGUGGCCUUGCAACACGCGUGGUAUUACAAACUUCCAAAGCAUAGGUUCACCUAUGACAGAAACCCCAAAUCCAAAGCCUACAUGGAAACCGGAGAUUACUACUACCAUGCUGCUAUCUUUGGAGGCUUGUGGAAAAAUGUGAAGGAUUUGGCAGAUUACUGCUUUCUGAGUAUCAUGGAGGACAAACUAAACAGUGUGGAGGCUCUGUGGCAUGAUGAGAGUCAUCUCAACAAGUACUUUUGGCUUAACAAACCAAGCAGGCUGCUCUCGCCUGAGUACUGCUGGGACCCGGUUAUUGGUCAAAGCAAGGACAUACCCAUCACCCGCCUAAUAUGGGCACCAAAACAUUAUGCCAAACUUCGUACUCGGUAGAGUGGCUAGAUGAGC